GAGUCUCGGACGUUGGCGCCAUCAACAUGGCGGAGCGGAGAGAGGAGGUUCCCCGCGCCCCCGGCGGCCCCGGCUCUCCGCGCCCGGGUGAGGAAGCCUUUCUUGUCAGUGCAGCAAGUCAUUCUCCUGGCACCUGGGCUGAAGAUGGCGAAGCUUGUGAGAUUGAGAUGGACACUGAAGUGGAUUGGCAUCAAGCUGAAUGCAGAGAAUCCUCUCCUAAGGCAUUAGACUUUAGUAUAACAAAUCCAGCUAAAACUGAGAGAAGACUUGAACUAUCUGUAACUGUGAAUAAAAGCGGUUUUGAUGCAAGGGACACUUUUGGAGGACGGAGUGAAACAAUUAACAAUAAAGAGCAAACUUUGUUAGACCGAGAAGAGUCAGUAUCAGAUGAAGUGGAAAAUGAUUGUGUGAGCUCAAGUGAACUUGCUGCUGUGCCAUUAGGGGAAGAAAAUUAUGAAUUUCAUCCAACUGAUGGUCCCCUGGCUCAAAAUGCUGCUCCUAAACGAAUUGCUGCUCUCAAUGAUGAUAUUGAAGAGGAAAACGGGAUUGAGCAAGACAUGCUUAAAGGAACUGAGGAAAUGGAAGGCAACUCGGAAGAUAAUAAGCUAAAAUAUACAAAGAUGGUUGCUGGAAGCAAAGCUGCCGUAUCUGCACCAUGUUGUGCUGCCGAUGCCAAGAAAAGCUUUCUAAUGGAGAACAAUGGUAACAAGGACUUUGGUUAUGAAGAUGAAAAUCAGGCUGCUGAUGAAACAACAGGGAUAUCCAACGUGGAUGAAGAUGGUUCCAAAUUUCGUAAAAGUGAACUGAUCGACGACGUUGCUCAAAACGGUGAUGAUCUGGGGAGAGCGGGAGCUCCUGCUGUUCUGGGUGAAGACCUGGAGUCUCCCAUACUAUCGGGGAAAGGUGAUCGCAUAAAGAACUCUGUAAAUUGGGCAGAAAAGAAGGAUGUUGUGUUAAAAAGUGGGUCAACCUUUGAGGGUAAUUUGACAAGAGUGCUUGCUUCUUUAUCUGGAAGGACUGUGGAGGAAGGAAGGGGAUCUCCCAGAGCUGAUGGCCUGCAUCAGAAAAAAUCUGAAAAAAAUCAGAAAGUGGAUGAUCACGAGGAGAUGUGUAUUGAUGAAACAUCAGACAUUGAUAUUAUUGAGCAGGAAACAACUGUGAUAGCAGAAGCAGCGUCUCCUGGGGCAGCAGUGGAAAAGAAAUCAGAUUUACGCAGGAAUAGCGAGGGUCCCAAAAGCAUGUCAACUAUGAAAAUAAAGGACGAACCUUUGGAUGAAGAGUAUGAGAAGGCCUUGGCUCCCCAAUCAAGUUUGAGGGUCAAGGAUGAACCGGAUUGUUUACAGCAUCCAAAGCCUAACGAUUCUGAUAUUCGCAUCAGUGCGGUGUUUUCAGUGAGUAGCAGCCCCCUUGCAUCACAGCUGGUGCAGCAGAGCACACCCAGUGCUCCCAGCACAGCGAAACCCACUGGGGGCAAUGCACCCCCUUCAGCCCCUCCUGUAAGUGUACGGGUAACGUGUUCAGGGUGCAAGAAGAUCCUACAGAAGGGGCAGACUGCUUAUCAGAGGAAAGGUUCGGCGCAGCUCUUCUGUUCCACUGUCUGUCUUACUGGGUUCUCAGCAUCGACUCGACCUCUGCCCACCGCAAAGAAAUCCUGCUAUCACUGCAACAAUGAAAUUUUAAACUCAAAGGAGAUGGUGAUGGGUCAGGUCGAUGGCAGACGCCCGUACAAAGAGUUCUGUAACCAGGCCUGCUUGUUUGAGAUGAAAAGAAAAUCUGCAUCAACAACGAAUAAUAUUACUACUAAGUGCAGCAUCUGUCAGAAAGUCUCUGUUGUUCGCCAUGAAGUUAACUACCAGAAUGUGGUACACAAACUUUGUAGUGAUGCAUGUUUCUCCAAUUUCCGAAUGGCUAACAAUCUCACCAUGAAUUGUUGCGAUAACUGUGGAGCCUACUGUUACAGUGGAUCUGCACAGUGCCAUGUGCUGCAGUCUGAAGGGCAGUGUAAGAAGUUCUGCAGUUCAUCUUGCUUGUCUACAUUCAAACAGAAAAUGGUAAAGAUUACUCCCUGCACUUGGUGUAAAUCUCUGCGGUCGUCCUUGGAGAUGAUUGAAAACACCAACUCUUUUGGAAAAGUUGAACUAUUUUGCUCAGUGCACUGCCUCUCAGCUUACCGAGUGCAAAUGGUAACUACACAAGGAACCAGUGUUCAGUGCCAUUACUGUAAAGUCACCACAACUCCUCAGUACCAUCUUGCGAUGUCUGAUGGCAGUAUCCGGAAUUUCUGCACUUAUAAUUGUGUGGCUUCAUUUCAGGGUUUAUUUAACCAGGCAGCUCCAGGCUCGCAGACUGUGGUCCCUCUGUCCCCAGGACAGGUAACGGUAAACAUUCCUCCAGGCACGUCAGUUGUGACCGGUUCUCCUGUCAUAACUACAACUUCUGUCACCUCUUCGGCGGCAGCGGGGCUGCAGAGGCUCGCGCAGUCCCAGAAGGUGACCGUGCCUCGGCCAGUUAUACGGUUGAAAUGCCAGUAUUGCCAGAGAGUAUUAUCCUUGAAGCCAGAACUUCUCGAGUACAAGAGUAAAAUGGUUCCGUUCUGUGGCAGGGCUUGCUGUGAUGAAUACAAGCGGAUUAACUCUGUGGUUGCGGUGUGCGAAUACUGUAGAUCCGAAAAGAUUGUCAAGGAGACCCUAAAGUUUUCAGGCGUUGACAGGUCAUUUUGUAGUGAAGGUUGCAAGCUACUUUACAAGCAUGACUUGGCAAAACGUUGGGGACCUCACUGUAAAUCAUGUAGUUCCUGUUCACAAUCCUCAAGACGAUUGCUCACUCAGCAGUUUGGAGGGAAAAAGGAAGAGUUCUGCAGCGAGGAAUGCUUAUCUAAGUUCGCGGUGCUGUUCUAUCAGAUGGCCAAGUGUGACUGUUGCAAACGCCAGGGUAUGCUAAGUGAUUCAAUUAAAUGGCAUGGAGAAACCAAAAAUUUCUGUAAUCUGCACUGUGUACUAACAUUCUGCAAUCAACAGAACCUCACAGAAUCAACAUCUCCAGAUGGAAAAGUAACUGUAUCAAAUGUUGCCAGUGGCCAGCGGAAAGAAGCUGCUCCUAUCAUUGCAAAUGUUUUAUCCUUGACGAACACACCACCAGUCCAGAAUGCUGCUAGUUCAACCACAGCUGUAAAUGCAGGAGGAACUCGUAUCACUUCAGGAACUCAAGUUUGUGUCGAGACCAGCACGCAGACGGAAACUGCUCGACUCCCACCUUCUGUGCCACCCAAGGUUCUCAAGAACAAAGCUCUAUUGUGUAAACCGAUCACACAGACCAAAGCCACGUCCUGUAAGCCACAUACACAGACCAAGUCUUGUCAGACAGAAGAGGAAUGGAAGCCAAAGCUAAUAGUGGUGCCCAUUCCUGUGCCAAUUUACAUCCCCGUGCCUCUGCAUCUUUACUCUCAGUUCACACCAUUACCUCUAGGGAUGCCUGUGCCUCUGCCAGUACCAAUGUUCAUUCCCACAACGCUCGAUGGCGCAGACAGAAUCAUUGAAACAAUCCAGGAUAUAAAGGAGAAAAUUCCCUUGAAUCCCUUUGAAGCAGAUCUGCUAACAAUGGCUGCCAUGAUCGCAGAAGAGGAGGAGAAAGAUAAGACAGUUACACACGGUGACCAGGGCAGCACGUACAGUGGGGACCUGGAAUCAGAGGCUGUGUCUACGCCACAUAGCUGGGAGGAUGAACUGACCAAUUUUACUCUGAAGCAUUCUCUCGCAUCUGCACCUGAGCCAGAUAUCAAGCUGCUCCCUGUUGCAGAGAUUGAGGUAGACCUGGAAGCAGACAUAACAAUAGAUACCUAUGAAUCAUCACGUCGCAACCAAAUAGCUGUGGCACGACAGAAUAGAGCAAAGCAGCGUGCUAAGAAUAAUGCUGGCUUACCACAACCAAGGAAAAGGGGAAGGAAGAAAUCUAUUGUUGGAUUAACGCGAGAUUUUUUACCAGAGCCUGUAGCUGGAAAGAGUCAUGUGGGUCUCUUUCUGAAAUACAUGUAUGGAGUGAAUGCCUGGAAACGAUGGGUACAGCGUAAAAACACACAGGGAAACCAUUCAGAGGAGCUGAGGUUUGGAUCUCGACUAGUGAAGUUGAAGGAAGACAUUCUCUCGUGCACUGCUGCUGAGCUCAGUUUUGGGCUGUGUCAAUUUAUUCAGGACGUGCGGAGACCAAAUGGGGAAAAGUAUCACUUGGACAGCAUCUUCUAUUUGUGCCUAGGAAUCCAGCAGUACAUCUUUGAGAACAGUCGGAUUGAUAACAUCUUCACUGAUCUUUACUACAUGAAGUUCACAGCGGAGCUGACGAAAGCUCUGAAAAUGUGGGAACCACAGCUCCUGCCUAGUGGUCAGUUAUUUUGUCGGAUUGAAGAGGAACAUUUAUGGGAAUGUAAACAACUCGGAGCAUAUUCUCCAACUGUUCUCCUCAACACACUGCUGUUCUUUAACACCAAGUACUUCCAACUGAAAAGUGUCAGUGACCACAUGAACCUCUCCUUCACCCACAUCAUGAGAUGUACAAAGUCUCUCAAGCAUAAUACAAAGCUGACCUACCUUCGAUUUAUCCGACCCAUGUGUAGAAAAGAUAAAGACAUAGAUAAAUUACAGUUUGGAAAGAGGAAACGCAGUGACGAAGAGGAGGAAGAGGACAUAGGAAUGUCUGAGAACACAGAUAACCCAGUCCGAUGUCCAGUGCGUCUCUUUGAAUUCUACCUGUCUAAAUGCUCCGAGAGCGUGAGGGCAAGGAGUGAUAUUUUCUAUCUUCAGCCUGAACGAUCAUGUGUGCCUGACAGCCCAAUGUGGUACUCCCCACUGCCCACGGACCACGCCAUUCUGGAUGCCAUGCUGACCCGCAUUCUCAUGGUCAGGGAGGUUCACGAGGAGUUGGCAAAGGUCGCUCAGGGAGCCACCGCAGAGGAGGACAUCUCUGAAUAAACUCAACGUUUAUUCACUUUUAAGCACUGAAUUUCCGAAUCGCACGUAACUGCGUACAGCUACAGACGUAAAAUCAAUAGGGUCUAAUGCCUGCGGGGUCUUUGUAGGGUUGGAAGGACGUGGGGUGGGAGGGUAGACAAAAACAAACCACUGGUCAACGGAAAAAAGGAAAUUAAAUUGAGAAGAAACCUUUGGUGCUUUGAAAUAAUUAAAAUUUAUUAAAAAGAUUUUUUAAAAAAAAAAGAUAAGGACAAGCAAUGUGGACUUGUUUUCCUUUCCAGGGUCAUUUAUUGAAAAAAUUCCAAUGUGAAACCUGAUUUUUAAAAAAAAAUACAAAAUAAGUAAGAUGUAGUAAUUCAUUUUUCAUAAUGGAGGAAGAAAUAGAUGGAAUUGGGGGGUGGGGGGUACCCACAGCAAGAAGUAUUUAAAUGGCAUUUUACCAUUUUCAGUUGUUACAAGCUGGGCUUGGUGGGCACAGAUGGACAGAGCGCUUAGUGAGAGGGUGUUCGGAUGUUUUAAUGUUAACACCUGUGAAUGAAAACAUAAUGGUUAGUUCCUAGAUUACUGUUAACUUUAAGAAAAAAAAUCUUUUUUUAAAAAAAAUCACACUGAACCACAUCUACUAAUCAAUCCCUUGUUAAAAAUGUCCUGUGCUCGCAUUUCAUUUAGGAGAACCGUGUGCUUUGCGUUAGGUGUAGAUGUGCACAUGAAUAUAAAUUUGUAUAUUUGGAAGGUGAUGGGGCAGCUAUAAAGGAUUGUUGUAAGUUUAGGAUUCUUUCUGACAUGUUUUUGUACAUACAUUUUAAUUACAUUUGUAUCUUUACUGUGUAUAAAAAUAAGUGCACGUGUGAAGCCUGUUCAGACUUUGCAUCCUGCAAACUCAUUACAUUUAUAGAAAAAAAAUGUACUUUCUGUUAUAUAAUACAGUUUGCAUUGUUAGUAAA